ACACUCAUUUAUACAUUUAUUAAUAAAACAAGGUGAUAAUAGAUGUUUUUAUGUCUGUUGACAGUAUUUUAUGAUUCAUGGAGUGAUAUAAAGAGAUAUCAUAAACUCUCUCUGUUAAAACCUUUGACUUUAAUACGUCAACAACAUGAAACAAUAAUUUUGAACCUGGUUUUAUAAAAUGUUCACAUUUUUGUACUGGAAAUGUAUUUGCCUCAAGUGUCUUCAGGAGAAGAUCAAUGAGUUCUCACUGAUUAUUUCUUUGACCGGGAAAACCCGAAUCCUGCUCCGGGUCUCAGGAGGAUGUAAGCUGAGUCAGUUCGGGUCACGGAUCUGUGUAAGUGACGGCUCAUUUGACUGAAUUGAUCGGCGGUUUGAUGAAGAGAGUCGUGAGAUAGCUCUGUAGAGGUCACGUCUAUCGUUUGAGAAUGUGUGCACAGCUGAAUCUUGUACUCUGUACUUCUCUACAUGCAGCCAGGAGCUAUGGGAGACGUCGAGGCCGCUCCUCUCUCUUCCCCAUCGACGACAAUCUCCUCGACGAAGGCCACGGCAACCAGGGUGUCCCGGGAGUCCACGGCUCCCCCAACUGUUACCCCCACCAAAACGGGGAUCGCAUCGAGCGCUUCUCCCGUAAGGUGUUCGUGGGAGGUCUGCCCCCCGACAUCGACGAAGACGAAAUAACCUCAAGCUUCCGCCGCUUUGGUCACCUGGUGGUGGACUGGCCACACAAAGCAGAGAGCAAGUCCUACUUUCCACCGAAAGGUUACGCGUUCCUGCUGUUCCAGGAGGAGAGCUCGGUGCAGGCUCUGAUUGAAGCCUGCAUGGAGGAGGACGGGAAGCUCUACCUGUGUGUCUCCAGUCCCACCAUCAAAGACAAACCUGUGCAAAUUCGACCGUGGAACCUGAGCGACAGUGACUUUGUGAUGGACGGAUCUCAGCCCCUCGAUCCCCGCAAGACCAUCUUUGUGGGAGGCGUCCCUCGGCCCCUGAGAGCAAUUGAGCUGGCCAUGAUUAUGGACCGUCUCUACGGCGGAGUCUGCUACGCGGGCAUCGACACCGAUCCGGAGCUGAAGUACCCGAAGGGGGCGGGGCGAGUGGCCUUCUCCAAUCAGCAGAGUUACAUCGCCGCCAUCAGCGCCAGAUUCGUCCAGCUGCAGCACGGAGACAUCGACAAGCGGGUACGGCCUCCCCUUCAGUAACAAUGAUCCCUAUCAUUCUCAGAAGGACUCAGUCAGUCACACUGUGUGUGUGUGUGUGUGUGUGUGUGUGUGUGU